AUGGCCCUGCUGGCCGCGCGCGCCGACUACCUGGCGCCCUGGUGGGCCGCCUGGCUGCACCGCUUCCCGCACGUGAACCUGCGGCUGCAGCCCGUGCCCAGCGCCUUCCGCCCGCAGCAGCCCGACUACCAGCAGUCCCUGCUGUUCCUGGGCCUGGUGGCUGCCGUCUGCCUCGGCCUCAACCUGCUCUUCCUCACCGUCUACCUGAUCUGCCUGUGCAGCUGCAAACGAGAUGAGGAGUCCGAGACCAAGCGGCCCAACUCCUGCUGUGUCACCUGGACGGCUGUGGUGGCUGGCCUCAUCUGCUGCGCUGCCGUCGGCAUCGGGUUCUAUGGGAACAGCGAGACCAACGAUGGGGUGUACCAGCUGAUCUAUGCCCUCGACAAUGCCAACCACACCCUCUCUGGGAUCGACACACUGGUCUCGGGCACCACGGUGCAGAUGAAGGUGGAGCUGGAGCAGCACCUGGCUCGGCUGAACGAGAUCUUCGCCACGCGGGGCGACUACGUGCAGACCCUGAAGUUCCUGCAGCAAAUGGCUGGCAACAUCGUCCUGCAGCUCUCGGGGCUGCCGGUCUGGCAGGACGUGAGCGUUGACCUGACGGUUGUGGCCGGCCAGGUGGGCUACGUGGAGUAUUACAGGUGGCUUUCCUACCUGCUGCUCUUCAUCCUGGACCUGAUCAUCUGCCUCAUCGCCUGCUUGGGGCUGGCCAAGCGCUCCAGGUGCCUCCUCACCACGAUGUUGUGCUGCGGGCUGGUGACGCUCAUCCUCAGCUGGGCCUCCCUGGCUGUGGACACCUCUGCGGCUGUGGGCACCAGUGACUUCUGCGUCGCCCCGGACAAGUUCAUCAUGAACCUAACUCGGGGCGAUCUCAGUGCAGAAGUGGUUCACUACUACCUGUACUGCAGCCAGAACCUGAGCAACCCCUUCCAGCAGGCCCUGACCAUCUACCAGCGCUCGCUCACCACCAUGCAGAUUCAGAUCCAGGGCCUGAUGCAGUUUGCGGUGCCCCUCUUCCCCACGGCCGAGAAAGACCUGCUUGGAAUCCAGCAGCUACUGAACUCCUCCGAGACCAGCCUGCACCAGCUGACGGCCAUGCUGGACUGCCGGGGCCUGCACAAGGAUUACCUGGACGGGCUGAUGGGCGUCUGCUAUGACGGGGUGGAGGGCUUGCUCUAUCUGGCGUUGUUCUCCCUGCUGGCCGCCAUGUCCUUCUCCACUCUCAUCUGUGCCACGCCGCGGGCCUGGAAGCACUUUGCCGACAGGGAUCAGGAUUACGACGACAUCGACGAGGAAGACCCCUUCAACCCGCAGGCCCGUCGCAUCGCCACCCACAACCCCACCCGCGGGCAGCUCCGCAGCUUCUGUAGCUACAGCAGCAGUCUGGGCAGCCAGACCAGCCUGCACCCGCCAGCACAGACCAUCUCCAAUGCCCCAGUGUCUGAGUACAUGAACCAGGCUGCGCUCUUCGGUGGAAACCCGCGCUAUGAAAAUGUCCCGUUGAUUGGAAGAGGCUCUCCUCCCCCUACGUACUCUCCCAGCAUGCGAGCCACGUAUCUUUCCGUCAACGAUGAGCAUAGAAGACAUUACGGCAGUGAAUUCCCAGCCUAAUGCGUGCUCUCCCUGAGCAACUUACAAGAGAUGA